AUGGCAGGAGGAUCAAAAGAAGAGGGAUCAAAAGAGGUUGUGGCUCAAGGUACUGUUGUACCAUUUCAAUGUCCUAAAUUAACUGAAACCAAUUAUACUACUUGGUCUAUUAUGAUUGAAACUGUUUUGAGAGCAUAUGGACAUUGGGAUGCAAUAACCAAAGAUGCAGUUGCUAAACACAAGAAUGCAAAAGAUGUUUGGGAAUCAAUCAAGGUUAGGUAUAUUGGAGCUGAACGGGUGCAAAAAGCAAGGCUGCAAACCUUAAGAAAUGAAUUGGAGAUGCUUAAGAUGAAGGAAAACGAGUCAAUCAAUGACUUUUCGGGCAAAAUAAGUGGUAUUGUUGCCAAGUUCAAAAGUCUUGGUUCAACUCUUGAAGAGGAGGUGAUUGUAAGGAAGUUUCCCAAUUCAGUUCCAAACAAGUACUUGCCAAUAGUAGCUCCAAUCGAACAAUAUUCUGACCUUGAAACUAUGACAUUUGAAGAAGCUGUUAGAAGGGUCAAAGCCUAUGAAGAAAGGCUUCAAAGUCAUGAAGAAAAGGAGGAAGAGCAAGGUCAACUCAUGAUGGAAAGUAAACAAAGACAUGGUGAUAGUAGUGGACAUGGAAGAGGACGUGGAAAGAACUUUGAAAGAGGUGGAAGAGGCUGGGGAAGAGGAAAAGGUCAAGGUGACAAGAGUGGCAUUCGAUGCUAUGAUUGUGGAGACUUUGGACACUUUAGCUGUGAAUGCACUAAGUGGAAUGAAAAACACAAAGAAGCAAACUUGAUUGAAGAUGAAGAACCGGCUUUGCUGUGA